GAGAGCCCGUUUAGUCUACGUGAAAGAGCUGAAAUUGUCGGGCUUGACGUCGGUUCGCUCGUACCCAAAUUGGCCAAAUUUGUCGUGUUUUCCGGCGCGUUCCGGGUCGAAAGUGUGCGAAAGGCGGGGGUGAGUGUUUGCGAGGCUGAUCUGGGUCGAAAUUUGGCCACUUCCGGUGGGUUUUCCCAGGGAAAAGUGCGUAUUUCCCUUCGCGACGUGUUUCCCCUUUCGCGAGAGUGACGUUUCCCAGCACGUCCACACACAAGCAGGCGACGACAAGACGGGGUGUGUUUUUUUGUUGUGUGUGAGCGAUGGCGAUGCGGUUGUGUGCGUGAGAGCAAAGGAUUACACGCACACACACACACAGCGGCAAGGGGUUGGUGAUAGAAAAGUGUGAGAGCGCGAGCGCUCAGUGAGAAGUGAGACGGGGGUGAGCAAGUGAGCAAAUAUUUCCGAGUGUAAAGAAGCAAAACAAAACAAAAUAAGCUGGUGUUUGUUAUUGUCAAAGUUUCCCGGCGAUGGUGGUGUGGCCGCCGUUGUCGUCGUCGUCGUUGUUGUUGUUGAUGCUGUGAUGCGAUUUAAAGAUGGCGACAGCAAACAACCGAAGUAGGCACGUUGAUGGGGGUGGGGGUAGUGCAAGGGGAGGGGGAGCAGGUGAGGGUGCCUUAUCGAAGCUGGCCUGCUCCCGGUCCUGCUGUGGGGACCUGUUCGGAUAUCUGCUGCGGCUUCGGGUCAGUCCGGAGGAACUCGAGCAGCGGUACAAAUCGCGAGAGAUUGACAAGUUUCUCGAGAAGGAUAAGCAUGCGUUUCGGAGACAGGUUAAACUGCUGCUGCUGGGUGCGGGCGAAUCGGGAAAGUCCACCUUCCUCAAGCAGAUGCGGAUAAUCCACGGGAUCAAGUUCGAGCCCGAGCUAGUUAAGGAGUAUCAACAUGUGAUCUACCAAAAUAUAGUCAAAGGCAUGCAAGUGCUGUGCGACGCUAGGGAUAAGCUAGAUAUACCAUGGGAGAAUCCGACCUCCCAGCUGGCCGCGAACCAGGCGGUCAUGUUCCACAGCGGCAUCCUGCUGGACGCGGAACAGUUCCACCAGUACGUGCCGAUCGUGGCGAUGCUGUGGCAGGACCGGGCCAUCCGGCGGGCCUACGACCGGCGGAGAGAGUUUCAAAUUAGUGAUUCCGUUAGUUACUUCCUCGACGAUCUGGACCGGAUAUCGCGGUGCGACUACGUUCCCACACACCGCGACAUUCUGCACUGCCGCAAGGCGACCAAGGGCGUGUACGAGUUUACAAUUAGAAUACAGAACAUUCCAUUCGUGUUCGUCGACGUCGGCGGCCAGCGAACGCAGCGGCAAAAGUGGACCAAAUGCUUCGACUGUUCCGUGACGUCGAUUCUGUUCCUCGUGUCGACGUGCGAGUUUGACCAGGUCCUGGCGGAGGAUAGGAAAACCAACCGCCUCGAAGAGUCGCGCAACAUCUUCGACACGAUCGUCAACAACACGACCUUCGCCGGCAUCUCGAUCAUCCUGUUCCUGAACAAGACGGACCUGCUGGCGCAGAAGGUCAAGAACCCGGACACGGACAUCCGCUGGUACUACCCGCAGUUUACCGGCAACCCGCACUCGAUCCUGGACGUGCAGAACUUUAUCCUGCAGAUGUUUACGAACGUGCGCAAAAACACGAAAAAGUCGAUCUACCACCACUUUACGAACGCCGUCGACACGCAGAACAUCCAGGUCGUGUUUAGCUCCGUCAAGGAUUCGAUCCUCAAGCGGAACCUGACGGAGCUGAUGCUGCAGUAGAGUGGGAGAGAGAGAGGUUUGAGGUUUAAAGAAAAAAAAAAGUUCUUUGUUGAUUAUUGGUUAUUCUCGAAAGUUAGAAGAAGAUGAAAAGGUAGCAAGAAGAGGGUUUAAGUUUUGCUCUAAUUUAUUUUUCAGCCCACCACCAAUUUUUCAUUUCGUUGUUGUUUCCUCAAUUUCAGAAAGCAAACAAAUAAAAAGUAGAUUUCAAUGUCGUUCCAGAAUGCAAUAAGAGCAACAAAAAAAAAGUGCAGAAUACGCACUUUGCAAAACAAAGUAACGCAAUUUUGAAGUUCAAGGAUUAGAAAAUGAAAAAACUAAACGAAUAAAUCUCAGUUUUUACUAGCGAUA